AAAUAAAUAUGGAUUAAAAUGAUAAAUAUGAUAAUGAAAAGAUUUUAAAGUUAUUGACAGAAGCAAAUUAAUUUUUUGAAUAGAAUAGAGAUUAUCCUCCUUAUUAAAUAGCUGAAUUCUUGAUAGAAUUUUGCAAACUAUUCAAACAAUUAGGAAAAUUAUUAUAUUUCGCAUUUUCAGAUGUGAUCGAAAAAGCUUAAGUAAUAAAAGAUAGAGGCAAUGAAUAUAAUGAAUAAACAAAAGGAAUAUAUGGAGUUAUACAAAUAGAAAAAUAAAAAGGAUUAAUGGAAUUAAAUGGAGAAAAUAAUAAACAAAUCUUAAAGAAUAAAGUAAGAUCUAUUCAACAAUUUAUUAAUAGACCUUAGCUAAUUACUAAUCUAUGGCUCGUACUAUGUUAAGAAUUAUAAGAUUUUUCAAUUAUCUUAAGAUCAUGUUCAUAGAUGUUGAUGCAAACAGAAAUAAAAAGUUUUCAGAUAUCUGUUCAGAUGCUUAUAAUGAAGCUUUGGCACCUUAUCACACGUAAAAUAUAAUCAUAAUAAAAUUAGAUUUAUGGUAAGAAAUGCUGCUAAAGCUGCUUGGUUAGCUGCUCCAAGUAGAACUAAAGUUUUUGAAACUUUUGUUGGACCCAAUUAAACAGAUGAAGUUGCUUAUGCAGCUAUAAAGAAAUUUGUUAAUGCUUUAGAACCAAUUAGACUUAACUUUUGGGAUUAUUAUAAUACAAAUAAGUUAACUAAUUUGCCAUGAAAAUAU